GGCAGCACAAAUCAUUGAAAAAUGAGGAGAUUAAUUGUUCUACUGCUAGCCAUAUCCAUGAAUUAUGCAGAUGAGAGAGGUAAACCAUACCAAAAGGAUAAAGUAUGCCAAGAACUAAAGUUUCUGGGAAAAGACAAAUUUUCUGCAGUAGCUCUCGUCAUGAACAGCAGGAAGUAUUCCAAUGCAACUUUUGAAGAAAUAGGUCACCUGGUGACGGCAAUAGUCUCUCUUUCAGAAACAUGCUGUGCCACAGAAGCUGCUGCUGAUUGCUAUGACAAAAAGGCAGAUGCUUUAUCUGUUCAGUCUUGUGAUCCAAAGUCUCCAUUUCCAAAACAUCCUGGUGUUGAACGAUGUUGUGUUCAUAAAGGUCUUGAGAGAAAGCUGUGCCUGGCAGAUCUGAAGCAGCCUCCAAAAGAAUUUCCAACAUAUACUGAACCAUCCAAUGAAAAGUUGUGUGAAUCUUUCAAAGAAAAUGCUCAAUUGUUUUCAUCCAGAUUUCUGUAUGAUUACUCUAGCAAUUAUGCUCAAACUCCUUUCCUCGUGGUGGUAAAUUACACUGAAAAAUAUUUAAAGAUGAUAACAGAAUGCUGUACUAAACCCAGACAAACACAAUGCUUUCUGAAACAGAGACUGCAGAUAAAAUCACUUCACUUAUUGACCAUGAUGUCUAAUACACUGUGUGGACGCUACAACAUUUAUGGGGAGGAGAAAUUUAAAUUCAGUGCAUCAAUAAGGUUAGCCCAAAAAGUACCUUCAGCAGAUUUAAAAGAUGUGAUGCAAUUGGUAGAGCAGUGUGCAAAGGUCCUUGCUAAGUGCUGCAAUACCAUAACUGAUGACUGCAUGGAGAAUGAGCUGUCAAUGCAUGUCCAACAAGUUUGCAAGAAGUUUACCUCAAAAGAUGCCAAAGUGGCUGAAUGCUGCAAAAAAUCUCCUAUUGAAACACUUCAUUGCCUGUACACUUUGCCAUCUGCUGAACCUGUCCAACUACCAACACUCCAAUGGCCAUCAAGUGAUGAGCUCUGCAAGAAGGGAAAGAACCAGGAAAUUGUGAAAUACACUCUUGAACGGGCACGCAGAAACACAAAACUGCCAUUACUGUUUAUCAAUAAGCUUUAUGAUUCCUUUAAAGAGCUUGUAAAUGGAUGUUGUAUUUCCCAAACACCUAACGUCUGCCUGGAAAACAAGAAAUCACAGCUUAAUGAAGAAAUGAAUAAAUAUAUCAGCCAGGCAACUGAAUUGUGUGGAGAUUACCAUAAAUACCCAUUCCUAGAAUUUAAGGAAAGGCUGAACAAAGCUCUCAGCAGGAGAGUUCCUAAACUAUCCACAAGCCAAGUGAAAGAAAUGGUGGAAGCACGAUCAAGCCUAGCAUCAACAUGCUGUUUAAUUAAUGCUCCUCCAGUUUACUGCAGGGAGAUGAUAAACAAGUUUCUGAACAGCACAUGCCUUCAAGAAUCAUGCCUCCUACAAUAGAUGGCAAAGCUGCAGAAGUACAGAAGCCUUGAAGAUUUGAUGUGGAUUAAAACACGGCCUCCAAUGAAUUUUCAUCUGCAGACAUUUUCUUAAUUAAGAAAUGCUAAAAUAUUACAGUAUUUCUAGACUAUCUAUCUCAACAGAGGUAUAUGCUAGCCAUCUAUAUACACAGACAUUUCAUACUUCAUUUUAACUGUCCACAUACUCAUAUUUGUACAGAAUCAUGAUAAAAAAAAAAUGUGUCAUAUGUCACCCCAGUUAUAUUUUUUUUGAAGAAGGAAAAUACUGAUAAAUGUACUUUAAGUAUAAGUGAAUAAAAUAGAACUACUACAGGGAUAUGCCUCAAAAAUACCGGGAUAUGAUUUCCCCUGAAUAAUAUCAAAGCACAAGAUUGUUACAGGAACAACCAUUGUUUCUUUUAUCAUCUCGUUUUAUACUACAAAGGCUUCAAGAUAUUAUCUGACAAAGGAACAAUAUAGUUAUCUUACCUUUUCCUAAGGCCAUUUCUUACUUUUACAGCAGUUUGCAUUCUCCAAAGCUUUUCCAUAAAGUCUGGUUUGCAACAUUAAAUAAAGUAGUUUGUAUCUGUAUAAAAUAUCUCCCUGAAGUCUAAAUGUACAGAUAGCGAACUCAAGGCCACCAUCAGAAAAUCUGGGGUCCCGCAUUUUUUAUGGGGCCCCUAUGAACACAAGCACACAGUACCAAAAUUUUGGCCAUGCCCCUUGAGUGUGCAAUAUAAAUGACUGAUACUCUAUAAUAAGCAGUUCAUAUAAAGAGUUUGCCCUAAUUUUAACCCCUUCCCUCCUACCUGCCUCUGCUCUGGCUGUCAUUGCUUGAUAUGGAAAUUAUGUAAGUUUAUGCAUAAGUUACGUAAACUGUGUAAGUUUAGGGCCCCAAUGAUAUUGCUGUGGAGCCCAAUAACUAGUCGUUUAUAAAAAUAGUAAAAUUAAUUAAUGUGCUAAUUAACUUUAUACGUAACUUAUGCAAUUUGUAUCAAUUUUGUGACACAGAAGAUUUCACAGGGCACAUCUGAACCCCCUCUGCCCCCCACUGAUGGUGGCCCUGAGCGUACUGCCUAUGCCAAAUACAACCCUUAAGCAUCUGAAUCAAAUUCACCCUCAGGAACAUAUCUUAAAAAAUGAUCCAUCAUUCUAUGUUUACUAUAAAAGAGGAAAGAAAAAAAUCACUGGGGGGUCUCAAAUGUUAGGCACCCUCUCGGGACUUUUAUCUCUUACCUUUUACCCCAGGCUGGUGCCCCUGUUAGGAGCCCGGGGUAGCAGCAAACGAGUGUUUCUUUCGUCUUCUGAAUCCUGGGGCCGGCGAACACGCAGUAGAGUUAGAAAUCCGGCUUUUUUGUUAAAGUUCAGCUUUUCACUCUACAGAGCAUGCGCAAGUCACAGACGAAGGAAGAGGAGGCACUCGCUCACAGCUACCCCGGGCUGGUGCCCUUUUCUUUUAACAGGAACACAAGCCCGGGGUAAAAGGUAAGCGAUUACAAUCAUUGGGGGUGCCUAACAAUUUGGCACCCCCCAGUGACGUAGCCUUUCCUUCUCCUUUAAGGUAUUUUCUUUCAGUAACGCUGAGAUCUAAUAAAAGUUCACGCUUAUGUAAUCUACCUUCAUUGUACAGAAUGAACUAAAAUAAAAGCUUCCAAAAUGA